GCCUUGCGCACGCGCAGAGCGCGCGGCCGCGGCCAAGAUGUCSGGCCCGGGGCUGGUGGCCGGGGACGUGGUGGUGGAUGCGCUGCCCUACUUCGACCAGGGCUACGAGGCGCCGGGCGUSCGGGAAGCGGCCGCGGCGCUGGUGGAGGAGGAGACGCGGCGGUACCGGCCGACCAAGAACUACCUCAGCUACCUGCCCGCGCACGACUACAGCGCCUUCGAGACCGAGAUCAUGCGGAACGAGUUCGAGCGCCUGGCAGCCCGGCAGCCCCUGGAGCUGCUCAGUAUGAAGAGGUACGAGCUGCCAGCCCCAUCCUCCGGGCAGAAGAACGACAUCACGGCGUGGCAAGAGUGCGUGAACAACUCCAUGGCRCAGCUGGAGCACCAGGCCGUGCGCAUCGAGAAUCUGGAGCUCAUGUCCCAGCACGGCUGCAACGCCUGGAAGGUGUACAAUGAACACCUGGUUCAUAUGAUAGAGCAAGCCCAGAAAGAGCUUCAGAAAUUGAGGAAAAAUAUUCAAGACCUGAACUGGCAGCGGAAAAACAUGCAGCUCACAGCUGGGGCUAAGCUACGAGAAAUGGAAUCCACGUGGGUCUCUCUUGUCAGUAAAAAUUAUGAGAUUGAACGAACUAUUGUGCAACUGGAGAAUGAAAUUUCACAAAUCAAGCAGCAGCAUGGRGAAGCAAACAAGGAGAAUAUCCAGCAAGACUUCCAGUGACUUAAUCCUGACUGUCUUAGUGCAGCUUGUGUUAAAAACCACAAACCAGAGACUCUGGAGAUGCAGUGUGUCUGUAGACACCUCUAAUUGCAAUUGUGUGAGGUGAUAAAAGGGUGUUUCCAUUGUUUCUUUUCCUUGUUUUAAAUGCUAGGAGGAGGUAGGGUGGACUCAAAACAUCCUGUUUAAAUGUAUUAUAGGCWCAAUUAAAUAUACUGUGAAUUGUUUUGCCUAAAGUGGGAGCUCUUAGAAGAAGAUUCAUGUUUUUGUGUUUCCCCCUGCGCCUUUAAUAAAUCUCGUUUUGCUA